ACUGGUAUGCAGGUUUCCCAAGCAGGGGAGACGGACAACUAGAACAUCCUUGGCAACUUCUACAGUCACUCUGGUUCUCUUCCCUCUGCUCUCCAUCGCUCUUUUCCCUAAACAGAAUCCCUCUCCUACCUCUCUCCACACCUGCCUUCUGUAUUUCCAUCCCAACCUCCUUGAACUUCGGAAAUUAGUGUCCGGGUAUCCACUCGGUCCUCUGAAGGACCCCCACGAGGCUGUUUCACCAUUCAGCACUAGGUGUUGGGCGAAGAAAGGAUGGUUAGCCGGCAGUGACAGGAGAAGACACAAGGCUCAGGAGUCCUGAUCUAGCUGGGGCCACUGGAAGGCUCUCAGGCCGGGGAGCGUCAUGUCUACCUUUGAAGACGCUGAUACAGAGGAGACGGUCACUUGUCUCCAGAUGACCAUUUACCAUCCUGGCCAGCAAAGUGGGGUAUUUAAAUCAAUAAGGUUUUGCAGCAAAGAGAAGUUUCCUUCCAUUGAAGUAGUGAAAUUUGGACGGAAUUCCAACAUGUGCCAGUAUACGUUUCAGGACAAACAGGUUUCCCGAGUUCAGUUUGUUUUACAGCCGUUUAAACAGUUCAACAGCUCCGUUCUCUCGUUUGAAAUUAAAAACAUGAGCAAGAAGACCAGUUUGAUGGUGGAUAACCAGGAGCUCGGCUAUCUCAAUAAAAUGGACCUGCCUUACAAGUGUAUGCUCAGGUUUGGAGAAUAUCAGUUCCUGUUGCAGAAGGAAGACGGAGAGUCGGUGGAAUCUUUUGAGACUCAAUUUAUCAUGUCUCCAAGACCUCUCUUGCAAGAAAACACCUGGCCAACACAGAGUCCCAUACCAGAGGAUGGGGUGUAUUCUUCAUACUUCACCCACAGAAGUUCUCCUUCAGAAAUGGAUGAAAACGAACUGUGAAGAGGGUCCACCUGGAGACACAUAAAGGAUGAGGACACAUGGGUAGACACUUGAGAGACAUCCUACUUCUGAGUUUGUGAGUGUAGUGUAGCACGGAUGUCCUCAGGCUGACUUUAGUUUUGGUAAUAGCAUUUGGAAGUCUCUAGACUGUGUAAAUCAUCAACUUAGUCAACUGUUCGAGUUUCGGCUCUACAAAGAAUUAAGUGCACAUCUGUAAGGGUUGGUGCCCAAGACACAUCUUCUGAGUAAUGAAGUCACCCUUGUUGUUUUUCUGCAUCAUGUUAUCCCCAUGCUUUGUCUUGGUAGCAGCCAUCUCUCGCCCGGUCACAUCAUUUCCUAGCAGCCUUUGUUUUUCAGAUUUAGAGCUCAGGCAGAUGGUUCACUGGUGUCUGCGGCAUGCUAGCGCUUGUAGAACCAGAGUCCUGGGUUACGUUCUAGAGUGCUGAGUCACCGAGUCACUGUGGCUUCCUGGUGGAAAGACUUGAGAAAUAGCUCCUUGAUUUUCUUUCUAUGGAUCUGUAGUGUCGCUUUCCUAUAUGUAGGACCUACAGCUAACAUUUAAAGAACGCUGAGAUUAAGAUGGUUUUCUUACGAAAUUGAAAGAGAAUUUUAUGUAUCUUACAGAUUUAAAAGUGGCAGAAAUCAAACCUUUUAACAGCCUCUUUGCGUACGAUAAAGCCGGAGCUCAGUUCCUCAGCUUCUUUGAAUCUUCUUAAAGGAAAACAUGUAAUCUUAGGCUGCUCUAUAAAAUGCUCAGUACAUGUGAAUAUUUAUAAUAAAUACUCAAUUAUUUCUAAACUUUUAGUUUCACAUAAAGUUGUAUUUAUUUAAAAGAUUCUCAUUCAUUUCAUUUUAGCUAGAUUAAGAUGAAUGUUAGUGACCAUUAUGUAAAAGAGAAUGAUAGCCAUUAAGUUAAGGUAAAUUCUAGCAUUACUAGUAAGUAAGGAACCCUGUAUAACUUCCUCCGUAAAUGAAAUUUCACGCUGUAACAGGUACAGGAUUUUGGGUGGGGGCAGAGGGUCAGAUGGGGAAAGCUAGACACAUACAGAUUUUAUUUUAUUUCAGUUUUUUCAACAAUAGCUUGCUUUGAAGCUCAGGCUGACUUUGAACUCGUGAUCCUCAUACAUCAGCCCCCUGAAUGCUGUGCCUAGUUUAAUGUAACUGUAUUUCUGCAACAGCCCUUUGAAAUUAUUUCUAAUAAACCGCUUGGCCUAGUAC